UUGUUCAUUAUUGCUCGAUCACUGACCAAACUUAAUAAUUACACCAAAAAAAAAAGUAUCUUCAAAUAUUUUAAACUGUCCAAAGAGAGUUUUUCCCUCAUAAUUAAGGUAGUUCCUAGCCAAUUACAGCUUCUAAUCUUUGUUGUCACUCCAGUGAGUCUGCUCUUUUUGUUUUUUUUUGUCUCCUGUACCAGAGAGCUGUUAUCUAAACUUCAAAGUGUCACCCCUUUUGAAUGGCUAUAUCCUUGCCUGUGGUCACAGGUGUCUGCAGAUCACAUCUCAAGUGAAUAUCCCAGUAUCACGAGAUCUCUCUCACUGGGCUUCAGUCAGCACGGUAUUACAGACAAGAUUAGCUACAAGUUUCAGUGAGACAGCCCUCCUGCAUGUCAGCAAAGCAGUAAUUGACUUCUAACACCGCCAAAGGAAUAAGUGCUGAGCUGAUAUAUUCGAGGUACCUCGGCUUUUCUGGGCACAACAAAUCACAGCUUAUUUAAUAGAUUGCCGCUGUGUGAAGCGUGUUUCAUAUUCCGCCAGAUGGCAUCUCUGGAGGACCAGUACCAAAAAGCUUGGCAGCUCUAUCAGGAAGAGAGUCAUCAUGAUCUUGACAGUGAGCCCUAUAAAUCUAAGUAUGCAGCAAGAGAAAUAUUUGAAGAACUAAAAUCUCGACUUAGUAAACAAUUAGAUGAAGAUGAUGUGGAUGACAGUGAAGGUGCUUUUAGUGAGGAAGGCGUUGAUGGUGUAGGUUUAACUAGAGCCCGGAUGGCUGCUGUUGUAUAUCAUCUAGGAGUCAUUGCAGUUGAAACGGAGGAAUUUUCCACAGGUGAGGAGCACCUUAACAAAGCAUUAAUCAUUAUUGGAGACGAGGGUAGUAUCUCAUCAGGAGUUUCCUCUGCUACUGUCGGGGAUGCCGAGGUGGUUGCAGCUGCCCUUCGAGGUGCUGAAGAGAGCCUCCUGUCAGAAGUUUGUGAGGUAUCUUCCAUCAGUCCUACCGCCAUAGCUCCUGCUACUGUUGCCCUUGCGAUAAGCUGUCAUAAUCAGCUUGGAAUUUUGUGGUCAAACCGUGCUCUCUAUUCCACUGCUAAGCGUCAUCUUGAUCGAGCUAAUAUGCUGUACGAUGAAUACCAGAAACAGUGUACCAAACCUCCAAGAACUAUUCAUAGUCUCUUUACUACUUGUAAUGAAAAAGAAAGUAACAUUGAUGACAUUAAUGGUAUAGAUGCUCUAGAGAAGCUACAUACACUCACAUUCUACUAUCUUGCUCAGGUUUAUGGACAUCUUGGUGUUCCUGACAAGUCUGCAUGGUAUUGUCACUCUACUCUUCAACGACAACUGGCUAGUAAAGACUAUGAUCCUAUUGACUGGUCCAUUAAUGCUUCAACUUUGGCUCAGUUUUAUCAAGGAAAAGAGCAGUUUAGAGUUGCCCGUCACUUGUUAGCCUCUGCAUCCAAGGUACUGUCAGGACACGAGGCUGAGGUUGAUACUCCGCAAGAGGAUACACGUGAGGUAACUCACAGUCGUGAAAGAUAUCAGCAGUGUAAAGCUGAUGUAGCACGCUGCUGGGGACGCUACUGUCUGGUGUUACUUGAAGUAUCAUGUGAUCGAGCCAUCCCUGAUGACCCACAAGAACAAGAGUCAGUGAUAAAUCACCAACCUGAAGAGGAAACUUUAGAUAAACAGCUUCAGUUUGUGCAAUUAGAAGUCAGUGACUUAGAAUCAGAAGUUGCUGCUUCACCAGGAGAGAACUUUGAUGAAGUCCGGCCAGUGUUUUUGGCAGGCCUACGAUGGUUAACAACUGCUCGUCAAUAUUACACUCUGGAGGACCAUGUCAGCGAUCAUGUCAGCAUUAUACAAGAGAUGAGCCAUUUAUACAAGGCCUUAGCAUUUUUUGAAUCUUCUGAAGAGAGGCGGUGUAAGAUGCACAAGCGACGAGUUGACUUGUUAACUGCUCUUGUGCAAGAACUUAAUCCACAAUAUUAUGUUCAUGUUUGUCGUCAAAUUAACUAUGAGCUAGCCGAAACCUACUCAGCCAUGAUGGACAACAAGUUGGCAUUGGUGGAGAAUGGAGGGAGUGAACCCACACCUCCACAAGCUAAGAAGAUUAAUACUUUGGCGACAUCUAGCAUACAAUACUUCCUUCACUACCUUGACUCUCUCAAAGACAUAAUCACUGGUGAGCAGCCUACAGUAUAUUCAGAAGACUCAGUGCGUCCAGCAUUGGUUGCUUGGUUCCAUCUGGGGCGCCUCUGGUCAAAGCUUGUUGCCACAAAUCAUCAAACCAAGAUACAAAAUUUAGCUCAGUCUCUUCAGAAUUAUAAGAGACUGGUGGAGUACUGUGAUAGGAAUCCUCAUUGUCAAUCACUAAUGGCUCAAGAAUUAGCCGUUUGCCGGGAAAUGGUGCAGCUCUUGCCACUCAAAAUGGAACAGCUCAGGGCAUUAUCUAGGUGAUAAGAUUAUACACAGGCACCUGGUAUUAUUGCGUGUACUGAGUUGAGGAAUCUUUAAACAUUUUAAAUAAAAGGCAUUAUGGACUGCCAUGUUCUGCAGUCCCUGUUUAUAGAAUACCUUGCUUCAAGAAAUAAGGUCUUGGAUAUUGGAACUGUAUAUUGAUUAGAAUAAAAAAUAAGGUUCACUUAAAUAAAUAUUUGUAAAUGAUCUUUUUGUAAGCAUUUUAAUAUCACAGAAAUAUGUCAAGUACUUGCAUAAAGUAAACCAGUAAACAUUAAAUAUAAAACAAGAAUGAUCUGACACUGAAAUAAUCAGUAUUGCAUUAUUCUUUAAGAAAAAAUAGAAAUAUUGAUAAUGCACAAAUUGGAGUGGCAACAUCAAACCUCCAGUGCUACUUAUAACACCUGAAAUCUGUUGCCACCAGUCAUGUUUGUGUGUUAUAAAUAUGAAUAAAAUAGAAGAAUUCACAGAUAGUGCAAUACAGUAGUCUCCCCAAAUUUGUGGGGGUUAAGUUCCAAGACCACCUGCAAAUUUGGAAAAACUGUGAAUUCUAGACGCGGUUAAAAAAAAUGCCUAUUUUUAUAGUUUAAACCCUAUAUAUGCCCCAAAACACUAAUUUAAUUUCAAACUCAGCUUCAUACAUAGCCCUUAAAAAAAAAAAGUAAAGAUAAACCCAUAUACAGUACUGUACUGCUAUGUCUCGAGCAGUGCUAGAUUGUAAAAUACCGAUGUUAUCCCCAUAUGUACUGUAAUUCAUGCAAGCCCAUUUUCUUUGGUGUACUGUAAUUCAUGCAGCCCUAUUUUCUUUGGUAUACAUAUACUAGUAAAUAUACAGUAAUAAUUUAAUUUAGUAAAAAUUUAUACAGUAUUAUAUUUUAUAUGGGAAUUUUGCUGAAUUUAUGUUAAUAUUUAUGUUACAAAAUUGUUAAAUUAUAUUUUUCUUAAUAUCUAGCAUUAAAACGCAUAAAAAAUUAUAUAUUGCUACGAAAAAAGCCAAAAAAAAUUCCGCGAAUUUGCAGGGAUUUCUGUGAACAAUUAUUAGUUAGGUUCUAAGGAAAAAUCCAUGAAUUACUGAAGCUGCAAAUUCAGAACCAUGAAUUUGUGGGGGUCCACUGUAUACCCCCAAUAAAAUGCAGGGGCACCAAGAGUACACUAAGUGUCUGAGGCCCAAGCCUGUUCAGCAGCCUCCCAUCAUACAUAAGGGGAAUUACCAAUAGACCCCUGGCUGUCUUCAAGAGGGAACUGGACAGAUACAGUAUCUGAUCAGUUGGGCUGUGGUUUGUACGUUGGAUUGCAUGCAGCCAGCAGUACUAACCUGGUUGAUCAGGCCCUGAUCCAUCAGGAGGCCUGGUUGAGGACUGGGCUGUGGCGGCAUUGACCCCCCAGGACGACCUUCAGGUAGACAGUGAAAUCAGUGCUACCUAUUCCAAAUAAUAUACAGUAUUAGUUAGAGACAAAUGGUAUAAAACACUGACACUGGAAAAAGCAACACAUGCAGUAUAAUGCUCAUCCUCCACUCCCUAGGUAGAACUAUUUGUGACUUGAUAAAGCCCACUGUGUGGGCAAAACAUUGUCAACAAAGGAUUGCAUUAUACUGCAUUUGUAUAAAAUAUUUGUUAAAGCCAGGCUGGAUAGAUAGUCAAGUUAAUGAGCAUGGUUUUAAGGGAAACAAAAUAAAAAUAACAAGCUGAAAUAGUGGCUGCAGAAGUCUACCCAUCAAGAGGACUGGCCAGGUUGCCAGAUUCCACCACGUUCAGUCGUGUUGAAUUAAGUGUUUAAUCUUUACUGUCAGUAUUUCCCUUCACAAGAAUUUGUAACCCUGGUUGUUGGUAUAUAAAAUACUGUACUGGUAAAGUUGCUGCCUAAUGAAAUAUUUUAGCUGAAAGCACUUAACAGUCAAGAAUGAGCAAAUGUGCUUCUAUCACACACUCAUGGGCAGCCAGGAUGCCAGCUGAUAAGACAGGUCACUACACAGUCAGUCAUACCAGGUUAUGAGAAAAGGUUAAAGCAAAC